UGCUAUCUGAUAAUCUGAUAACCUUUCUUCCACCACGACCUUUCCAUCGGCGCCGCCGCGGCGCUCCCCAAAUGUCUCUGCGCUGCCACCACCACCACCACCACCACCUCAAGGUCCGCGCCCUCCUCUGCGGCGGAAGCGGCGUUGGCGGCGACAGCUUCCCCAAGCCGACGCCCCUCCGACGCCCCUUGUCCGGGCCUCCGCCUCUCACGCAUUUUCUCAAGCACCUCUUGGGCGGUCCGGCCAAACUCUCAGGCACCGCCGCUGGCGCCGCCGGUGAGCCCUGCUCCCUCACGCUUCACUUCCUCCGCAACUCCUGCGGCCUGUCGGAAGAUGCGGCGGCGGCCGCCGCCGCGCGCGUCCGCCUGCGCUCCACCAAGAAGGCCCACGCCGUCCUCGCCCUCUUCCGCGGCAUGGGCUUCCAGGGCGCUCACAUCGCUCGCGUCGUCUCCACCUUCCCGAACUUGCUCACCUACCGUGCCAACGUCACCCUCGCUCCCAAGCUCGAGUUCUUCCGCCGCGAGCUCGGCCUCACCGACGCCCAGAUCCGCCGCGCCGUCCUCGCAAGCCCCUACCGCGUCCUCUCCUACAGCCUCGAGGGCUGCCUCCGACGGAACCACCUCCUCCUCAGAGAACUCCUCGGCAGCGACAAGAACGUGACCGCCGCCGUCCUGCAGUCCACGGAGCUCAUCCACGGGGACAUUCGUGGCAUCCUCCUCCCCAAGGUCAAGGCCCUCCGCGACCACGGCGCCACGGACGAUGUCAUCGUCAAGCUGGUCAUGACGCACCCCAAGGCGCUCAUGCACAGGCUGUCCCCCUUCGAGGAGAGCCUGGUCGCCAUGGAGGAGCUCGGCAUCAGGCCUUGCUCUCGAAUGUUCCCCUAUUCCUUCGGGCUGUUCGCCAGGUUGCACCCCAGGAGAUGGAAGCGUCGGAUGGACAACUACUUGAGCCUGGGAUGGACAAAGGAGCAGGUGACGGAGGCGUUCGUCAGGCACCCCUACUGCAUGUCCGUGUCCAACGACAAGGUGAGGCGUAUCUGGCAGUUCGUCACCAAGAGGCUCGGGUGGAGCCUGGAGUACGUGGUAGCCAGCCCGGUGCUUCUCUCCCUCAGCUACGAGAAGCGGAUCGUGCCGAGGUGCAUGGUGCUCAACUUGCUGGCAUCGAGGGGCUUGUUCCAUGGGAAAAUCAAGAUGGCCCAUAUGUGUAUGGGGAAGAUGAAGUUCGUGGACAGGUAUGUCACACGUUACCAGGAGGAAAUCCCUGAGGUACUGGAAGCUUAUUCUGCCGGGAGAGCAAGUGCUGCGGCUGUGUAAAUGGAGCUGGAGAGGAUUGUUCUUCUCUUUACCCUGCAACAAAGAGGUGGGACGAAAGCAAGGUUCAGGAAGGGAUAACUAUAGGAGCAGGUGUAGAAAAACUCAAGUGCAUACCACAAAUGGUAUUUCCCAAUAUAAUGUGGUUGGAUUGUUAUUAUUUGUUACAGAUGGUUGGAUUGUUAUCCAUGUGGAGCGGAUGUAUUGCAAGAAUAACUUCGUGUGGUUAUGUAGUAAGAAAGGACAUUGUGUGAAGAAUCAAAUACGGCAAUAUUGGUUGUACCUUAUGAAACUGCAAGUACGGUGUUUGAAAUCAGCCACCCUCUUCUUUUUGCUUUUGUUUAUGCUUAUA